ACGAUGUUAUUAUAAUAUUGUUAUGUCGCUAUGCCUGUUUCGAAAUACAGCUGCAUCCGUGAUCACCUUCUGCUUGCGCCUCCAUCUCUGUUUACAAAGGUCCUGUGGCGCGCGCUCGUCCCUCACACAUAGUCCGGUACUACCAGGGCCCCCUCAUCUCCUCUAACUCUGGUCUCAGGGGCAUUUGCUUGAUAUCAAUUUGGAUCACACAUUCAAACCGUACUCAAGUCAAUCCUUGACAGCUCCAAGUGGUUUCUCAGCUUAUGUUCAGUUUUUUGCUCGUUCUGAGUAGCUUUCCAUUUGUACAGAGUGGGGGCAGUGGUCUCAUUACCAUUGUUGUUUUGGUUGUCGAGUCAUGCCUGACUUUAGUUCACUUCCAUGUAUCUGUGCUAAUUGAUCUUGUUAUCGCCGCCGCAUCUGUGUUUGUGGGAGCGGCCUCACGGACUGAAUAUCUGGGUCAUGUUGUACCUUUCGUCCUCUGUCGAAUCCCUUCGUUGUCCUCUCAGACCGUAUCGCAUUCAUGCAUCUGCAUGGCAGCGAGGAUUGGGGAGUUGAGGGUCGGCGACCUUCACCCUCUUAAAAAGGCGUUGCGGAAGUGGCGAAGGAAUUGAAUGAAACAUUUUCGAACCGGGAGGCACUUGUUGGACAUCGACUUUUUCUUGA